CCGCCGGUAGAGCCCCUGCUCGGUGGGAGCCUCACCCGGACUGGACGCCGCAGAAGCCGGAGCUGGAGUGCCCUGCACGGCCGCGGUUUAUUGCGUUCCCAGCCCCUGGAGAGGGAUCGUGACAGAACGGCUCGGGUCAAGGGAAAUCACUCGACGCGUUUGUUUUGAUUCUUCUACGUCCGGCUGGUUUUCCCGCACACAAGCCGCCAUUUUGUCAAAUCGUGUACAAAUGUCACUUCGGCUCCCGGAGGUGUCAGGCGCUCCGUGUUUUGCCGCCGCCUCCUCGGCUCGGAGGGAGCAGUGGGGAAAACAAACAGGUCGGCCGGAGCAAGAGAGGUAACCGGCUGGAUGUGGAGCUUCUCUAGCGGCGAAUGAAUCGUUUUCGCGGCGCAAGGCUUCGGUCCGGUGCUCACUCCCAGCUCCGCGGCGGUGUUCCGGUGCUUCUGAAUGCGGCGCCGUUCGGAGUUGUCUCCCUUCCGAGCAUGUUGCCGCUUUCUAACAUUUUGUCAGGGCUGUCGGGGCGCGUAGUCUACCCGCUGCGGUUUUGUGUUUUUCGCGACGUUGUUUACCGGCUAUAAUUCGACGGUUAAUGGUUCUGCACCCGCUCUGAAUUCAGCGAGACGCUUGCCCCUUUUUUUUGUUUACUUCCCCUCGACAUGCACACGAGGCGCUUGGUCAAGCGGUCGAUCCUCGGCAGCCGCGUCUAUGCGCCGAGUCCGACCGGGGACGGGGCUCCGGUGACAGGAGUGGUCCAGGCUGUCAAGCAGGAAAACAGGGACGUGUCGGCCGCGGGACUCCGGCGCAGCGUCUACACGGUGCUCAUGCAGGACGGGAGCCUCAAGGAGUUCUCCGAGGAGGAGCUGGCGGCCGGGAUCAACCACACCGCGGCCAAGGGGCCGCUCAGAUCCAGCCUGAAGCAGAGCUCCAGCAAUGGAGCUCCAGAGGGCCACAGGAUGAACGGCGGCUCCCUCAGCCCAGAGGCGGUGGAGGAGCAUCGGUUGGCUGACAGCAAGCGCGUUGGCCGGGACCCCGACACCCGAUCAGUGUCCCUGCUAGAGCAGAAACGCAAAGUGGUCUCGUGCAGCAUUGAUGUGCCUCACGCAAGGCGGUCGGAGGAGGAAGUGGACAUGGACAAGGUGACAGCCGCCAUGGUACUGACCAGCCUCUCCACCAGCCCAUUGGUCAGGAGUCCACCUGUCAAAGUCAGCGACGGUCUAAGUGGUUCGUGGAAGGACAACGGCUCAGUGGGACCUUUUACCCCGUCAAGCAACAGCUCUUCAGGGGGCUACUGGAGCUGGUCUGCCCCCAGUGACCAGUCCAACCCUUCCACACCUUCCCCGCCGCUCUCUGCCGACAGCUUCAAGCCCUUCAGAGUACCCAGCCUAGGCGGCGUGGGGCCCGGCCCCGCAGGACCCGAAGACCCGAGCCUGGAUGAGCAGGACGGCAGCAGUCUGCUCUUCGAUGAGCCCAUCCCUCGCAAGCGCAAGAACUCAAUGAAGGUGAUGUUCAAGUGCCUGUGGAAGAACUGUGGCAAGGUGCUGAGCACUGCCGCCGGCAUCCAGAGACACAUCCGCACCAUCCACCUGGGACGCAGCUGUGACUCGGACUGCAGCGACGGCGAGGAGGACUUCUACUACACGGAGAUCAAGCUCAACACGGACUCGGUGGCCGACGGGCUCAGCAGCCUGUCCCCGGUGUCGCCCUCCGUCCUCUCUCCCCCUCCUCCUCCUCCCCCUGCUCCUCUCCCUCCCAUCGGCCUGCCGCCCGACACCCAACGGCCCCAGCAGCCCACUGACCCCAAGGAGCCUCACGCUGGCGGCACCACCCCCCUCAGCCGCUCGGCGCCCAGCGCUCUCUACCUCAUCCACACGGACCACGCCUACCAGGCCACAGCUCCAGUGUCCAUCCCGUCCAGCAACGGUAACUCAGCCGGCUCGGGCUCCACCAGCUUCACUCCCACCAACAGCUCCAGCUUCAGCAUCUCCUGGCAGUCACCGCCCGUCACUUUCACCGGGAACAUGGUGUCUCCCAGUAAAAGCCAGGGUUUUGGUGAACAGCGCUCCCAGACCAUCGCCGUCCUCUCCUCCCCUCCCAGAGCCACCACCGCCCUCAGUCGGAAGGUGCGCGGCGAGGGGAAGAAGUGCCGCAAGGUGUACGGGAUGGAGAACCGCGACAUGUGGUGCACCGCCUGCCGCUGGAAAAAGGCCUGCCAGAGAUUCACCGACUGAGCGUACCCAGCCGACGCCGCGCCACCGGGCACUGCUGCCUUUCGCCAGAGAAAAGUUGGGGGUGGGGCCAUUUUGCAUGCAUUUGGUUUUCUUCAGCUCCAAAUCUCAACCGUCCGUCAGCACACAGGCUCCGUCCCUGUACUCGCCCCCCCCCUCUCCCUCUCAGCUCCACCUGUCCAUUCCAGCUGUGGAAGCAACCGCAGGACGGCGCAGGAGUCAAACUUUCCCAUUGCCGUCCAUGAUUCCCAGCACUGCCUCGCCAUUUCCAUUGCUCCCAGUUUUGGGAAAAAACCCCAGUGCAGCUAAACAGUGUAAAGAAGAAAAUGUAUCUAAAGAUUUCUGCCGUUUUUUGUUUUUUGUUGGGUUCAGUGUUGCAUCUUUCUAUGUUUUGUAAAAAUUCAGUUUUUUAACUGGAAAGUCUUGUCGAAGGUCCAGAAUAACGGCCAACAGCUUUUUUGGUGUGUUUCGUCGAAAGAAAAAGAAAAAAUCUUUUUUUAUCCAAAAGAAGAAUGAGUCUCUUUGCUACAGUUUUUGAAAAAUCCUUGAAAUGAAACAGCGUGGAGGUAAAGCUUGCCGUUUUUUUGUUCUUCCUUAAAGUGUUCAUCUCUUGUUUCAUUUCUGACGUGUUUUUCGGGGGGGACAUUUUUUCUCUCUGACGUCACCAGACUGUCGCCCGCUCCCCUGACAAAGGCCCUGGAGGGGAAUGUACAGCAGAACACGGGGGGAGGGGCCUGAUCGACAGGUGGAGAGACAGGGAAAUUGAAAGAUCGAUGCAAAAAAAAAAAAAAAGGACACAAUUUACAGUCAGGGAAAGUAGACGGGCCGUGCCAGUGAUUUACCACAUGAAUCCGCAGCAGACUCACACAAUCCUUAAAGAAGACGGAAACUGUUUUUUACGUCACUUUUUUACCCGGAUUGAUUCGUUUUCUUUGUUUUUAUCAGGGAUGUGAUUCUAAAGAAAGCCAAAUCCAGCAGCUACAACUUGGGGUUCUACUGUAAACAGCAGCACUAUCUCCACAGAUCCUCUCCUUCAUCACAACUUUACAACCAAAAACUCUUCAUCCUGUUUUUUUAAUCCUGAUACGGUGCCAUGUUUACUAUUGUCGAUGUGAUUUUUUUUUUGUUGAUUUUUUUCUAACCGAGACUGUUUACCUACCAGCUGGCGGGGGUUAAAGGACUUUCCUGAGAUCACUGGAAGCAUGAAGUCGGUAGCGAAAGGAAAAGAUCAGCAUCUCUCACCACAUCCAGAAAGACGCAGUGCCCUCCUCCUCCUCACCCAAACUUUUACACCUUCCCCAAAGGGAACAAAAUAACUCUUGUGUUUACGUUUCGCCACAGAGGGGCGCUCUGAUCAUCUGUUAACCAGAGGGGGGAGGGCUGCAAACCAAAAGUGAGGCACUUGCACUGUACGUGUAUAACGGAGCACUUGGUAUAUUUGCUUAAAACCUGUGGUUACUUUUAGAGAGUUCAGAUAUCUUCCACUGGACUCUCUAUUUCCAACGUCCCCGGUUGUAAAAGGAUGUAACGGCAAAAAAAAGAAGCCAAUAUGGCUUGUCCCCCUUUACUGAACAAUUCUUCGCUCAAAAAAAAGUUAUAAGCACUUGAUUAUUUGUUGUGUAAUGUGCACUGCACCUUUUUUCUCCUGCGCUUGGCGUCGUGCAAGCAAAGCGUUGACUCGAGCUUUUUCGUCCGAGUCCUGGUUACCUGUUACUGAAAGAGGUCAAGAGAUGGGAUUGGUGGAAGGAAAUGGUCUCCAUCAGAUUUUUUUUCAUUUGAAUGUGUCUAUUUGAUUUCUGGCUUGAUGGCGGGAAAUGAAACCACGAAGCCAAAUAGUUUACAGAUAUUCACUUUGCAGCGAUAGACGGACCAACUCUUAUCACCGGGAGCCGCUCUAUACUUAAUACAACGUAGUGAACGUGAUCCUGAAAUGUACCCAGCAACAGGAACGUGGUGAUUUUUUUAUGUUCUCGCAUUUACUCUCUGCAUUACGUGAAAUUUGUUUGAACGCACACUGAUCUCUUUAUCAGGAUUUCUGUCACACGCAAUCAUUUUACACCAGAAUUAUUCAAAACCAACACCAGCUAAUAAACUCACCCACACACGUUAUCGCCCGUUUUCACCUUCAGUACUUCUGCACCUGAGAGUCGUAGCUCUGUUACGUUUGCUCAACUCGUUCUGUUUUUGUCUAUUUUUCUUUGUAGUCUGUCCGUGUGUAUAUAUAUAUAUAUAUAUGUGUAGUUCUUGUGUUCUCUCUAAGCUCCAGUACCUCGGUCAUUUCAUUACGAACAACACAGGUUCCAGUGAGGGAAUAAUGUACCGUUCAACCUGAGUGUAGGGAUAGGCCUUAAAGUCAAAAAAUAAUAAUUGUGCUUCUAUGUCCUUACAUUGAUGUUUCGGUAAGAAAUAUUUAGAUGAUCUCAAAAAACGGAUUUUCCAUUGUAUUAUGUGAAUGUAUUAUUGUUUAAGAAAAGACAAAUAUAUAUAUAUAUAUAUAUAUAUAUAUAAAAGAAAAAAACAUGUUGGAAUUUAACUCAAAGCAGAAAAAGAUGUUGAUUUGGCUGUUUUUAUUUUAAUUUUUUCAUAUAUAUAUAUAUGAAUAUAUAAACUGUUUAUUCAUUUUUAUUUUUCAUGUUCUGCUGAGUUUUGGAGGGACAUAUUUUACAGAGCGAGCCGAGCUUGUUAUGCUCUUUUCAGCGAGUGUGACCCGCAUGCUCCCACCUGGAGCUGCCUCACGUCACCGCUCGGCCCCGCUCACUGCUCCAAAAGCAGCUGAUUAAAACCUGCAUCUUAUUUCCACUUCUCUUCUCCCUGUGUCACGCAGGCCCACUCGCAAUUAGUUUGAUUGACACCUCGGUGUGUGGUUUUUCUUUUCGCGCCCACGUGUGUGUGUGUGUGUGUGUGUGUGAGAGCUCACACACACGAGUUGUGAAUGUGAAAGAGCCUCAGGGCGAAGCACACGGGCUGCCACUGAGCCCCGGUGCUCUCCUCCCGUGGAGUUACACACCUUUAUCAAGUGGCCUGUGGCACUUUCCCUGUCCGGGUGUGUGCAGGUCGAGUCCACCACGACGGCAAACCAACGCUUACGAGCUCAAGGAUGUUUUUGUGGGUAGAGACCUCAGUGGCCACACGCGGCUCAUGUUUGAUUUCUUUCUUCUUUUUCUUUUUUUUGUUACUCCAUGCACUUCCCACUGCUCCAUGUUUGUGUUCAGACCAUCUCCUCCAUUGGUGCUUGGAAACAUCUGGCAGCCAAUCGGAUCCCGUCGGGGGUUCUGUCCAGGAACAAGUCACCGACCGCCCAGAGGUUUAGGCAGCUAAUUUCAAAAGCUCAUUGAUGUGUCGAUCAAAUAAAAUGUGACCAAAAUAAGCUCAACUUCCACUUUGACAUGAGAUGAAUCCAAAUUACCUUGAAAGGAUAUUUGCUGCCAUUUUUCUCAAACCCCGUCCAUGUCCUCAUAAAUCAGUGAGGAACUCUGGGAUUUGUUCGUGGACUGUGACCCGGCCCGCGUUGCAGUGGUUGUACUGAAAACAUCUCGGCCCCAUUCACUGCCAGUGGUACAAAGAUGGCCUUAGCAUGACGGUGCUUUCAGAGACGCUCAACCCGGCUCCGUCCCUGUACACACUGGUGCUGCGGCCUCGGCAGGGGGAGAAAUGGAGGUGCUAUAUUCCCAUGCAGUGCUGUUUCUCCCCGUGUGUCGUCUGAUCAUACUAACUCCAUUUUGUACACAUUAUAUGUUAUGCUGUAGAACAUGAAAAUAAAAAACACCCUGCCUAAAAUCUGCUGUCCCAGCACGAGUUAGUUCAGGGCAAUCGCCCCAAACCCCUCUGUCCUUUCUCCUGCUUCCUCAUCAGUUCUCAUGGUUUUUGUUUUGGUGUUUCCUCAUGUCGGGUUCACAUCUGUAGAUAAUGAUGAUCUGCAGAUGUUUUAUUUAGAAAUUCAAACAUCCCACACAACGACAGAUCAUUCAUGAAUUUAGAAUCAGUGGUCGAGUGGUUUUAUCUGCUUGUCCUGCAGCUUUUGACCGUUUUACACAGUCUUCAUCAGUAGAUUGAGUUUAUCAGUUGUCAUCAAACUAUAGAUGAUGAACUUUCUACGAGUCUGUCAGUUAAUAACAACAGAUUAAAUUUAAUCUACUCGAGUAUUAGCAAAAUAAACCUGAAGCUACAGGACUCGUUCUGCAGAGCAACAAAUGUCACUGUAUUGGAUUAACUGGAUUAUUACUGGAUUAUAGUUAUCAUAGUUUGCACAUGUUGCAACUAGUAAACCUGGAUCUAAUAUUCACUUCCUUAUAGAAGCCACCUGCCAGAUGUAUUGGAUGACAAAUAUAAAAUAGCUUUGUGUUAAAUGGAAAUACUCAAACCUGUGAGAGACUUUUGCUGAUGCAGACCAUGUAGUUCAGUCGAAAGCCCCAAAGGAAACAAGUGAUAAAUGGGUCCUGAGGUUUCGUGUCGACUUAAAUCCACAUUAUUUUUUAUAUUUUACUUUACACGUACUUUUUUGUAAUAAUAAUAUUACCACCCGAAGUUUCAGUUGGUUCUCAAAAGUUUCCAACAUUUUAAUAUUUGGUCGUUAAAUCCGUAUCCCAGAGUCCAGCAGGUCUUAAACUUUAACCAGCAGAUGAACCCUCUAGAACUGUUGGUUAAUUUAGGCCCAAACUGGCAGAUAAAGAUGGAUAACGACACUUUUACAAUCUUUUCUCCCAAAUUACCCAAACAUGCCAUAUGGUGUCAUCCUGCAAGAUCUGAUCGUCUAUAACUUAUUCAUAUCUGAGCCGAGCUGAAACCUGCAGGGAGCCAGCAGCUAAACACGAAUGCAGAAAACGGGCUGGCGUUAUAAACAUGUUCGCGCCCCAGAAUUAAAACUGGCAUCAAAGAAGCACAACAGGCGGCCUUGUUGCUCCACUGAGGCUGAUAUGAAUAUUUAGUGCGCGAGGCCUAUUUUGUUUUCAGAUGGAGGAGCAGUUGCUGGUGUGGCUUUUGUUCUCUGGUGUGUUGACCCCUCCCCCCCCCUUACGCUGCCUCCUAUUAACGGGCCGAGCGUUCAGCUGUGAUUUAUAAGUGGAAUAAAAUAAGAGAUAGCAUUGUUCUGCUUACGGAUGGCAUAAAAAUCUACUUGUGAGUUACGAGGGAUCCUUGAUGUGUACCUCCUGGCACACACACACACACACACACACACACACACACACACACACACACACACAUUAUGCCCAUGCACGCUUGUCCAACGCAGCUACUGAGCAGUGAUGGCUUUAACAGCAGUUCAUGUGUUGACAGCUUUAUAAGAAUUUAUGCGUUAUGUCCCUGAUCCUCGCCGAGAUCAAUACCUCACACAUGACAAGUCUUGUUUGUGACAAGAGGCUCAUUAUAUCCAACCUUAGAUCAUCCGAGUAGAGCUCCAUAUAUGCUACAGUAUAUACAGAUUAAGGAGCAGUACAGUAUAUCUAAGCUAUAGUUUCAGUGUAUCAGUAUAUCCACGUGACGUCCCUGACUUUAAAAUUCUCAGAAUCCCUUUUUAUUUCCCUCUUUGCUCUGCUCCAUCAACUCCAGGAGGGGAAGUUAAAGUGACGGGUUGUGCCUUUAGUCGGGAGGCCCUCACACUUCUUCUAGCAGGCGAGGAAACAUGUGAGCAGAUGCCCACAGGGUUGUUUUCCUCCCUGCUGACCUGUAGCCCCUUCACUCUGCCCCUUUCCUUGGCUCUGCAGUGACACGGGGCUGACAGCAGGGGGCGCUCUGCAGAGUCAGACAUGUAAUUAGUCAUAUUUUAAAUCCUGCAAAAUAAUAAACAACCGUGCAACCCGAGUAGUCAUAACAUUGCCUUGCAUGACCGUGAGUAUAGACCGCGUUAUCAGUGUAUCUGUGAAGUGUCCAGGUCCCAACCAACCGUGGAGCCAGUUUCCGUGGCAACCGUGCUGAUGGGCAGGUUUAUGGGUCCCUGCUCCUAUUGUCAAUAAAAAAAAAAAAUGUUAAAAGCGGAUGGGCCCUCCCUCCAUCCUUCAUUCAUUCAUUCAGGAAUGUGGAAGAGGAGGAGGAGGAGGGUGGAACACGGGGUGAAAUGGCCUCUGCGAACACUCUGAGGUUUCAGGGGAUUCCCUGACGUGACGUCCUCAGUCCGUGUCUCCCGGAGCCGCUUCACCCUCGUUGUGGUUUUCUCUGGAGGAAACAGGAGUCGUGAAUGUGCCUUUAUGAGAGUUUCUGGAGUGGACCUCACUCUGCUGUGUGGAGGUGUGUUGCUGUGACGUGUAGGGCCACAGCGACGAUGGACGAAUGUCUCUGGUGCUGGCUAGUCUGAGUUCUGCUUUUUUUUUUCUUCCAUUUCAAAGAUGUGCGAUGCAAAGACAUGUCCUGUGUCCUGUGUUCCGAGGCUCCUUUGGCCCUUUUCUUGGUUCUACAGAUGUUUAAAUCAAGGGUGACUUUUCCACUCUUUGCUGUAAACUUUUUAUUUUUGAUCCAAACUUAUGAAGAUACUGUGUCUCUGUGUUCUUUUUUGUUUUCUGUCGCUUCUUUGUUUUCCCAAACAUGGCUCCUCUCUCCCUUUUGUACAAGGGCUUGUAAAUAAAUGUGCGUCCAUGUGAAGAAAUCCCCUUGUUGUGGUGCAAUCUAGAAAUGUUUGGGAAAUCAAGAAGGCCUCGUUCAGUUCACCGCAUGUGAAACAGUCGGUGAGAUGAUCCUUUUUUUUUUUAGUGCGGAGCCACUAACUGGGAACCUGAAAAAGGCAUCACCCGCUUUCUGUGUGAAGGAAGGUGAAUGAUAAUAAAAAAUAAUAAUAAUGUGUCAAUAGGCGGAGAGAGAGAUGAAGAAAAACACUCAUCGGCCUGAAUUCUAUUAUUGGAUUUGAAUAUUAACUAAAACAUUAAGGGGAAAUGAUUAUUUCAGGGUGUUGGUGCCGCGGUUUAACUUGAAUAUGCAACAGAGAGAGAGAGCGUUGACCCGCCCUCUCUCUGAACUGGAUCAUCUCAUUGGCUGUUUUAUAAUCUGAUUACAAUCAUAUAGACCUCAAGAACUCAAUGACUGUCGCACUGGAUUUUUACACUUUUUUCAAAUGGUAUAUAUACAGUACUCUAUACUAUAUGCUCUGGUCUAACUGUAUUUUUUAAUACUGCAUGUGCAUGCAAAUAAGGAAAUGAUGGAAUACAUGACUUUAUAUAAAUGUGCUCUAUUUGUGCUGUGGCGGCCACGACGGGGGGGUUGAGAGCAGCCGGGAUCAGCCUCUAUUUUGUUUUCUUCAAACGCUCAAACUAAUAAUAAUAUCACUUCUCAAAGUUACAUACUCAAAUAAAAAACACACAAAAAAACAAAACAACAUAAAAAUAUAGGCUUUGAUUCAAAGGAUGCUACACAACCGCUCGCUGAUUGGUUCUUUUCGGUCAUGACUUAGCCUUCGCUGAUUCAGGCUCCUAUCACAUCAUCCUCUUCCAGUGGUAAAUUACCAGCAUCAGCCUCGGGUACCAGUGUAGAACACAACGUGGAUAAUCAAUUACUUUACAUUAAGUGUUACUGACCCUGUUGUCUUUGCAAACAGCUGUUGUGCAGUUAAAUUCUGCAUUUUACAACGAUACAACUACAACAUACGUAGGAGACGAUUAUUUGAGCAAUCUGCGACAAUUCCAGUGUCCAGCAGGAUCCACAUCGUUAGUCUUCAGUUAAGAAUCUGGAACCGUUAAAAGUUUCCUGCCUGAGGAUCUCAAGUGCGAGCAGGGUUGCAUGAGGACAAAGGAUCUGCGAUACACCGAGGAGUCAGACCAGCUACACAGGAUAUUCUGCUUUUCAAAACUUAAGAUUGGUGCAAGAGAAGAAAUCCUAGUCUCUCUUAUUUUUCAACGCUGCACAAGAGGUUUCAAAGUACCUGCGACUCCCCACUGCCACACACCAAUUUGUCACAGUGUCGAGUGGAGCUCUCUCCAUCCGUGUUGUGUGUGUGUGUGAACAGUUCGCCGGUCCUGGGAGAGUCUGGCGGGAGGCCUUGUGGAAGACAGAUCAUUAGAGGCCGUGCACUUCCCAGCGAGCGGUGCCAGCGGGAGAUAUGGAGAAGUCUGAAGGAGUGUGAAGUGGGAUUUGUUCUCCCUCCUCCCGCAUCAAUGACCCCGUGAUAGCUCCACUGAAGACACUCUGAGAGGUGAUGGAAGGAAGUUAGAUUCACGUAGCUCUCGUCAAACAUAAGGGAUUAUUCUUAAAAACACAUUUAAAUCAGUUAGCAGCUUUUACUUCUUUUCCUCGGCUGUGGCUGCUCUCCACCCCGAUGAGUCGUGUUGGCCCCACAGUAUUUUACGUUUUCUAUCCCUUUGAAGCCUCUAAACGUAAAUGUUUCUUGUGGGUUUUUAAUUCCAGACUGUGAACUAAAUUGUAAGAUCUGUUCAGCAGAUCGGAGACACAGCUGGGUUGUGAAAUGUUAACAAAAACUUCUUGAACAGGGAUGAUGAUUUCAGGGGCAGGGGGGGGGUUACUGUCGCUCUCCUAAUUUCAUUAACAGGGUCCAUUCAUCCAUUCGUGUGUUCAAGGAAUACUCUGGCAUUUUGGGAAACACGCUCUUGCUUUCUUGUGAGGAGUUGCUCAUAUUAUGGUUCAAGGGUUAGGUAUACGCUGGUAUCUCAAACACUGUCAGCUCCAAUAGGGAUACUUGUCUCCCAGAGCCUCUCCGUGUACCGCGCCGCCUGUUUCAUAUUUAUGCCGAGAAGAUACGUCUGCGAGGGGCUUUAAAAACCCGCGGGAUGAGCUCCAGCACGAGUCCCGCGGGCCUCCUUCCUCUGGGUCAUCAGGAGUAGCGGAAAUGUUUUCGUGGCUGGAGGAUGAAUGAGAUGACGUUUAUCACUCGGUGCUGAAAGGAUGGAGGAUAGGAUACGGCUGAUGGAGGAAAUUAGGUCAGACACUUUUGGGAGGAGCAAGCUAUUUCUAAAUUGGUAGGCCCCCAAAACCCUCCACCACCCUAUUUUUUUUUUCAGUCCACCUUUAGGCAAAAGCAGCUGCAACAUUUAUCAUCAUUUAUCAAGUGGAAUUUAUUAGAAAAGCAUUUGAAUAUGCAACUAAACAUCUCGGUUGAAAACAUUUGUUUUAAUCUUUCAUCUGUACCUUUUGGGCAGGACCUGAUAUUACACAAACACACACACACACACACACACACACACAGUAUGAGUGAAAGAAAAUCCUCUCAUCAGGACGUUGUGUUGCUCAGUGCUGCGCGACAUAUGUCCCCGCGGCUUCGGGUCUCAUCCUGCGAUGAUGCAACGAGUUUGCCGGUGGAGGCCGCUCGCAUCUCGCCAGGCCGCUGGUGCAAAUGCACAGCUCCGCCAAGGAGUCGUUAACAUCAAAUGUGAGCGUGUGUGUGUAUGUGUGUGUGUGUGUGUGUGCACAAUAUGAGACCAUAGAGUUUGUGUUUCCACUGACCACCCAAGGUAUGUCCCAUCUGCUCAAUGUAGCAUGUACACCUCCUCCUGUUUGUCUGUUUGUGUGAGAGAAGUCUGAGCACAAAAGUGUGUGUGUGUGUGUGUGCAUGCACCUCUACUCCCUACAAAGCCUCUGAAGUCAUUCCUGCACACCUUACAAUGAGCCAGCUGUCAUACCUCGAACAUUACCAGCUAGUAAAGUGACAUACCAUAAUAAAUCUCCCUGUGCCGCCUGCGUGCUUCAUUAUCAUGAACACUGGAAUCUGCGGAGCUUCGUUCUCCAUCACUUCAACAAACUAAAAUGUUAAGUGAAGGGAUUUCACACGUUUACGAUGCUAAACACGAGGUCACGUUACAUGUGGCGUAGGCCCGCUGACGUUCUCCAGGCCGUAGACACGUGGUCGAGCAGUGGUGGCUGUCGCUGCGAGGCAUCCGAGCGGCAGGUUGAGGUGCUGAUGAUUCGAGGCGUCGGUGAGUCAAACUCACAAAAAGAUGUUUGGCAUCUUAGUGGAGCGCGGGGAGCCGUUUCUGUGCACGGAUGUAUCCCAGUCGCUGAAUAAUUGAUGAGGGCGUAUGUGCACAGGCUCCAUCGGUGACCUCGCUUGAUAACCAUCGUUUUCAGGGCGAUGAAGUCGGCAGCUUCCCCUCGCUGUGAGGGCGACCGGAGGUUCAAAGCGAGGGGGGUGGGGAGGGAGGAAAGAGGCUCGUAUGGAUCAGUUCUAUACAAGCGAUAUAGAUUCUUACUCCGGACAAAGAGAUUUUGUUGGCUUAGAGAAAGCCAACAAUUAGAAAGCAACGCGGUUCUACCACAGCAGACACGUCUCAGACUGUACUUCACCAGAUGCUUCUUUCACCAGGUUUAUAAACUCGUCCGUUUGAGAGCAGAGAGAGAAAGAGGCAAGAAUUGUUUAUGACAAAAUACUGUUCAAAGUUCAGAAAUCUCUCUUUUGCUUUCGAGAUUGAUACCAAUAAAAGUAACUAAACUUAGCUUAGCUUAGCACAAAGACAGGAAGUUGCUGUAACCAGCCAAUAAAUAGUCUCCCGUGAAUCAACAUGUUUUUACACUUUUUAUACUGAUUUACCAGAUUUAACCUGACGUGUUAGCGUACCGUGUUUUAUUGGGACUAAUUGGACAGAGCUAACAGUUUCUCCGUUGUUUUUAUGCUAAGCUAAGCUAACAGGCUGCUUUUGUACAAACGCGACUAAAUAAAAGCCAUGAGCGUUUUCCCCAAACUGUCAAUAGUUUAUUUAAAACAAAGAACAUAAAGAGGAGGAUGAUAAAUCAGGUUUGGGACAUUUCCUUGAAGUUUUUUUAUUUUUUACUUUAACCACCUGCUCUCACACCUAUGAAGCCAUGUUUGAACUGAAUGUUCUUUCUCUGCACAUUUAAAACCUGCUUCAUCAUAACAGAGCAGAGUUUAUAUACUGUUCAGGCCUAUUGCAUCUUUUAUCUCAACACACCACACAAAGCACCUGCAAUAUGUAUCUGCUCUGUCACUGUAAACUACUGCACCACUGAUGUUUAGUUUUCCACAGUAUUAUCAAAUGAAUUCUAUAAAUAUAUGAGGAUUUUUCUCCAGGAGGAAGAAUCGAUGCACACUGACUGUUAACUCCAGUUUCUUUUCUUCUCCGGUCUCUGUGUGUAGAAACUGCCAUCGUUCUCGUUGUAAAUGGUGUUUUCUGACAAACGUUCUGGUGCUGUUGUUGUUUGACUCGGUGUGUUACGGCUCAGACCGGCUCCCCAGUGAUCUGUGCCACUGGAGCAUCUGGUUCUGACUGAAUAAAGAUUUUUUUGGCAGCUGUUUGUUA